GAGAAGGGCGAGCAGUGGCAGCCCGCGCUGGCGCUGCUGAGCGAGAUGCGGGAGGCGAAGCUGGAGCCCGACGUCAUCACUACUCUACAGCGCCGGGAUCGGCGCGUGCGAGAAUUGCGCGCGGUGGCAGUGGGCCGUGGCGCUCUUGAGCGAGAUGCGGGAGGCGACGCUGGAGCCCGAUGCCAUAUCUCCUACAACGCUGGGAUCAGCGCGUGCGCGAAGGGCGAGCAGUGGCAGCGGGCGCUGGCGCUGCUGAGCGAGAUGCGGGAGGCGAAGCUGGAGCCCGACGUCAUCAGCUACAGCGCUGGGAUCAGCGCGUGCACGAAGGGCGAGCAGUGGCAGCGGGCGCUGGCGCUGCUGAGCGAGAUGUGUAAGGCGAAGCUGGAGCCCGACGUCAUCAGCUACAGCGCUGGGAUCAGAGCGUGCGCGAAGGGCGAGCAGUGGCAGCGGGCGCUGGCGCUGCUGAGCGAGAUGCGGGAGGCGAAGCUGGAGCCCGACGUCAUCAGCUACAGCGCUGGGAUCAGCGCGUGCACGAAGGGCGAGAAGUGGCAGCGGGCGCUGGCGCUGCUGAGCGAGAUGUGUGAAGCGAAGCUGGAGCCCGACGUCAUCAGCUACAGCCGCUGGCGUCAGCGCGUGCGAGAAGGGCGAGCAGUGGCAGCGGGCCUUGGCGCUGCUGAGCGCGAUGCGGGAGGCGAAGCUGGAACCCAACGUCUUCAGCUACUGCGCUGGGAUCAGCGCGUGCGAGAAGGGCGAGCAGUGGCAGCGGGCCCUGGCGCUGCUGAGCGAGAUGCGGGAGGCGAAGCUGGAGACCAACUCAGCUACUGCGCUGGGAUCAGCGCGUGCGAGAAGGGCGAGCAGUGGCAGCGGGCCCUGUCGCUGCUGAGCGAGAUGUGGGACGCGAAGCUGGAGCUUGACGUCAUCAGCUACAGCGCUGGGAUCAGCGCGUGCGAGAGGGGCGAGCAGUGGUAGCGUGCGCUGGCGCUUCUGAGCGAGAUGUGGGUGGCGAAGCUGGAACCCGACGUCGUACAGCUACAGCGCUGGGAUCAGCGCGUGCGCGGAGGGCGAGCAGUGGCAGCUGGCCCUGGCGCUGCUGAGCGAGAUGUGGGAGGCGAAGUUGGAACACGUCAUCAGCUCCAGCGCACAGCGCUGCGAUCGUCGCCCUGUUGCGGAAAGACGGUGCGACAUGCCCGUCAGCUACAGCGCUGGGGAACAGCGCGUGAGUGAAAGGUGGGCAGUGGCAGCGGGCUCUGGCGCUGUUCAACGAGAUGUGAGAGGCGGUGUUGGGAUCUGGACGUAAUCAGAACUGUAGCGCUGGGACCAGCGAGUGCAAGAAAGGGCGAGCAGUGGCAGCGGGCCCCGGCGCUGCUGCGCGAAAUGUUGGAGGAGACGCUGCAACGCGGCCAUCUACAGCCCUGUGGUCGGCGUUCUGCUGCGGGCAGACGGUACGACAGGUUGGGCAUUUGCAACGCUGGGGUGUUGAGCGAGAAGAUGUGGGAGGCGGUGUAGGUAUUCGGACGUAAUCAGAACUGGAGCGCUGGGAUCAGCGAGUGCAAGAAAGGGCGAGCAGUGGCAGCCUGCGCUGGCGAUGUUCAACGAGAUGCGGGAGGCGGCGCUGGAGCGCAAUGCCGUCGCCAAUUGCAGCGCUGGAGUCAGCGCGUGCGAGAAGGGCAAUCAAUGGCAGCAGGCCCUGUUGCUGCUCAGGGAGAUGUGGGAGGCCCAACGUCAUCAGUUUCAGCGCUUGUGUCAGGGCGUAGGACAGGGGCGAUCAGUGGCAGCGUAGUUAGGUGCUGCUCGGCCUGAUGCCCGAAUUAAGGUUGGAGCACACUGUCAUCUUUAUUAAUCGCUCCGCUUAUUCCGCCAGCCCGUUUCGCAUCACUGGCUGCGUGGUGGUGUGGUCGUGCUCAGGGGGAACUGCCGGCAAAUUACCGCGACGGGAUCGGCAGGUGCGAGGAGGGCAAGCAGCCGCAGCAGGCCUUGUCGCUGCUCUGCGCGGCGUGGGAGGCAAAACUGAUGCCCGACGUCAUUAGCUACAGCGGUGGGAUCAGCGCGGGUGGGAAGGGCGACCAGCGGCAGCGCUCAGGGAGACGUGGAAGGCGAAAUUGGAGCCCGCCGUCGUCAACUACAGCUCUGGCAUUAGGGCUCGGGCGUUGCUCAGGGAGAUGAGGAAGGCGAAGUUGAAGCCGAACGUCCUCAGCUACAGCGCUGGCAUUGGCGCGUGCGGAAAAGGCGAAUAGGGGCAGCGGGCCAAGACGCUGCCCAGCGAGAUGUAGAAGGCGACUCCGGAGCCCAGCAUCAUCAGCUACAAUGCUGGAGUCAGCACGUGCGAACAAUGCAAGCGGCAUUGGGCGAUGUCGCUGCUUUGAGCCCAGCGUCACCAACUACAGCGCGCGUACGAGAAGGGCGGGUAGUGGCAGCGGGUCCUGGUGCUGCUCAACGAGACGCGGGAGACGAGGCUGGAGGCCAAUGUCAUCGGCUACAACUCUGGGACCAGCCCAGGCUGAAAGGUCGCAUACUGGCCGCCCGUUGUUGUUGCGCUGCUGAGCGAGACGUGGGAGGCGAAACUAAAGCCCGACGUCAUCUCUCUGGCGUCAUCUCUCUCAGGCGGCGAGUCGCUAGAGCGGGUUCUAGAGAUGCUCGGCCGCGGAGGCGGAGGCGGAGCAGCUGAAGAAGCGUGCGCCCGAGCUGUUGGCCGAGCCCCCCGAGGAGCAGAAGCUGUGGGAGGCGGCACGAAGUGACGCAUCUGCCGCGCCCGCGUGGCACGUGGUAGGGCGUGCCGACGCGCCCCGACGGCCCUCGAGACCCGUGUCAGGAAGAGGCGCGGCGGCGCGCGCGGGGCUUCCCCGCCUCCCGGUGUCUCCUUCCCGUGUCUUCCCCCUCCGCCCACGCCUGCUGCCCCCCUUUCCCCCUGCGUCCUGAUUGGCUCUCGAUCCC